GGAUCCGAGUGCAAACUGCGAUCAACUUCAAUCCCUGAACUCAAUGAACAAGGACAACAACGUCUAAGUAGAAUUGUUUAAUGCGUCUGUUUAUUUUAUUGUGCCAUAACUCUUGAUAUUGGCGUCUUUCGUGUUAUUUAAAAGAAAAAUAGUUUGAAGAACUGCUGCGUCGUUUGAAUGGCAUAAUGGUCAGUCUCGCGAGUUGCCAAUAGCGACCGGAUAGUUUACUUCUCGCCACAUCGUCUGUUUGCAAAGUUGAAAGCGAAAAUCUAUCCUCACCACCAAUAACAACUUGCCAGGGUAAAUUAGCUUAUUUUGAGAUCAACUUUAGUUGCUGUCACAGGCCUUUUCUCUGGUUUGAAAUAUGGCAUGGGAACCUAAACGCGUGCGGCUACUGUGCAUGCUGUCGCUAACCUUUGGAUUUUUUAUUGUCGAAGUUGUGGUCAGUCGAAUGACAGGAUCUCUUGCCAUGCUUUCGGACUCGUUUCACAUGCUUUCGGAUGUGAUAGCUUUAACUGUGGCCCUGAUAUCUGUACGCUUUGCAGAAAUGACACAGUCCACUACUAAGAAUACUUACGGCUGGGUCAGGGCUGAAGUGAUGGGAGCUUUGGUUAAUGCGGUGUUCCUGACAGCUCUGUGUUUUACUAUCCUGCUGGAGGCUGUGGAGCGCUAUACAGUCCCUCAUGAAAUCGAAAAUCCUCGGGCUGUCAUCUGGGUCGGUGCCGCUGGUCUUCUUGUCAACCUGUUGGGUCUUUUUCUGUUUCACGAACACGCUGGACAUGGACACUCUCACUCUCACUCUCACUCUCACUCUCAUUCCCAUUCCCAUUCUCACCGGUCCAAGACGAACAAAGCAUCAGAAAAAUCCAGUAUCACAAAAUCCAGGCUGGAUGGGUCAUCAGAAGACCUGUCCUGUAAUCUAGUGGUGAACCCCGGCAGCGAGAAGAAAAGUGCUGACAUGCUCUGCAAUGAGGAAGUAGAGGUGCGUCUAAAUGGUGGGGUGCAUCUGGAGGACCUUGAGACCACUCAGGAUUCUGCCUCUCAACUCAACAUGCGUGGUGUCUUCCUUCACGUGCUCGGUGAUGCUCUGGGCUCUGUCAUUGUGGUGGUUAAUGCCCUCAUUUUCACCUAUGUGUGGCAGCCAUGUCCAUCGAAAGGCCCUUGCAACAACCCCUGCUUCAGCCAACACUGCCCGCAUCUGAUGCCCCUUAACGGGACCUCUGACUCAGAGGUGCCCUCUGCUGGACCCUGCUGGGUGCUGUACCUUGACCCCACCCUGUGUGUGGUGAUGGUAUGCAUCCUGCUGUACACCACUUUUCCGCUGCUCCGGGAGUCUGCGCUCAUUCUGCUGCAGACGGUGCCCAAGGAGGUGGACGUGCGGCGCCUGCGCCUGCGUCUGCGCAGCCUGGAUGGCGUGCAGGCCGUGCACGAGCUGCACGUCUGGCAGCUGGCCGGCAGCCGCAUCAUCGCCACGGCCCACAUCAAGUGCCACGAUCCCGACACUUACAUGGACAUCGCCAAGCGCAUCAAGGGCAUGUUCCACGACGAGGGCAUCCACGCCACCACCAUCCAGCCUGAAUUUGGGAGUGCCGCUGCGGCAAAAUCCGGUGAUGCCCUGUGUGAGCUCCCAUGCCGCGUCCAGUGCGCCUCAAAGCAGUGCUGUGGGACUGGAACCAUCAUCGCGUCUGCGGAGUCCCCCAAUUCCAGACGAAAACCAGACUCACAAGUCCAAUACCAAUCCCCCACUGCAACAGCAGUGACCUACACAGAAGGGCAGGGGGCCGAGGUCAAGUUGCAGAGAGACGUAGAGUCUGCUGUGUGAGACCCGUGUUCAGAGCACAGAGAUGGACCUUUGUGUUGGUUUUUAGACUCACAGUACAAAGUACAGAUGCUUCUUUUCUUUCUUAUUUUGUUAUGAUAUCCUCUCCUGGAAUAUCAGCUGCCUAUCAGGUGGAAUUUUCCUCUCCGAGCCUUCAGACUUAUGACUCACAUAAGCUAGAACUCAUGACUGAAACAUGAACGUCAUCAUGUGAGGCCCCCCGACAAGACAAGCCAUGGGCUACAUAAAAAGUUUAAAGCUACCUCUUUUGAGUUCAUAAAGCUACUAUGCACUCAUGUUUCACUAACAGCAAUACUGUAUAUGACAUCUAGCCUUAAUUGCGUGAUUGCAAUCUGAGAAACGUAUUGUUUAGUUCAUAUACAGCUGGAAAUGCCCUUGUUUGCUCAGAUAUCUUUUUUUGUUAUCCUUAACAUUUUUAUAAGAUACUAACAAUAAUAAGGAUCAUAUUUUUUCUUUCAGUUAUAUUUUCAUUUCAAUUUAGCAAAGUGUUAUAUUUUUAUUGAAAUAAUACAGAUAGCUCUGAAAAAUGUCAUCUAACUACAGACCUGAAGGAAGCAUACAGCCUAAUAUUCUGAAUUUUACCUUAUUCAAGCUCUAAAGAAUAUAAAUUGAUUUCCUGAAAAUAAUUGAUUCAUUCUACAACACUGUGGGACAGUGUUUGUAAAGUUAAAUUAUUUAAAGGAAAACUGUGCCACCAUCUAUGCCACAUUUUCUUUUAUGAGGAACUAUUUUGUUAUUACCUAGGCUAUGCAUUGUGUAGUUUCACUGUGUAGGUUGUUCUGUUCAGUAAGACAAGCCUUCACAGCCAAUGCCAAUGAUCAGAUGGCACCAGCUCACCAGAAGACACAAGUUAGCAUGUUAGUGAGCUUUUAUCAGUGGCAACUUGGCUGUAUAAGAUGUUUGCAAAGUUUAAAGUUUUGCCUGCUUUUUAGAUGCUUGUCAGUUAUAGACAAAAACUCUAUAUCAUGAUGCUUUAAGUAAGGUACCCACGGCAAGCAUUGGCGUUUCUCUUGACUAUCAUGAAUAAUCAUU